AUGGCCACCGAAGUGCUGAAGAUCAGCGAUGGCACCACCAUGGAAAUCUGCAGACUGCCCGAUGUCGAUGACCAGACAUGGGCAGAGGUCCGUGCCUACGUCGAGGGCAACCCUGACACCGCGAAAACACUGAAGAGCUUCUCGAAGAAUCCUGAUGCGAUGAGGGGCUGGCUGCAGACCCAGGCCAUCGCAGAGCACUACAGCGCCAAUCUGGCCAACGGUGACACCCCCGUCCAAGACAAGGUGAAGUCCUUGGAGGCGGAUCCAGAACUGGCUGCGAUCUUCGAGGACAUCAAGAAGAAUGGCAUGGAAGCUGCCAUGAAGUACUACCAGGAUGAGGAACUCAUGCUGAAGAUCAGCCAGAAGAUGGGCGGUCUCCCAUCCGAGCUUCAGCCAGUUCUGCAGAAGAUCGAGGACACGUCUCUCACGCUGCAUGAGGCUGCCAAGAAGGGCGACCUUGCGGCGGUCCAGCAAUUCCUGGAUAAGAACAAGCCUUUGGAUGCGCAAGAUCACAAGGGCAUCACUCCGUUGGGCUAUGCGAUUGGAGCCAACCGUAUCGCGGUGGUGAAGAAGCUCUUGGACAGCCGCGCCAACCCUUACGCUGUGGACAGCUCCGGCAACAGUGGCCUCCACUAUGCUGCCGGCUACGGCCGAAAGGAACUCCUGGAGCAGCUGAUGCGCGGAGCCACCGUGGUUUUCGUCACCGCCGGCCUUCCUGGAAAGAGGUUCACUUUUGAGAUCGCAGCGUCCCUGGGUAUCAAGCCAGUGAUCCUGGAACACCCCGAUUCUUGGAGCAGGAGCCUCGUCGACGAGGGCCUUGCGGCAAAGUUUAUCCCCGUUGACAUGACGCAGCCUUCAGAGGAUAUCUUCAAUCAGGCGCUAGAGCACAUCAAGAACCUCGGCGAGGACGGUCUGACAGGGACAGCAGAUGGCAUUGCCUCGUUUGUGGAACUCUCCGUGCCACUGGCCGCACGUCUUGCAGAGGCGCUGGGCCUGCCAGGCUUGAGGCCGGCAGCCGUCGAUUCAGCGAGAAAUAAGCACGCCACACGAGCUUGCUUGAAGACAGCUGGGCUGCCCACCCCAAGGAAUUUUCUCAUCGACGAUAAGUCGAAGCUAAAGGAGGCUGGCACAGCCGUCGGGUUUCCUGCCGUGUUGAAACCUGUGUCCGGUGCUGCUUCUCUUGGAGUAAAGAAAGUAACAAACUCCGUGGAGAUGGAGAAGUGUUACAAGGAGAUUGUGGACGAGUUGUCUACGUUGGUUGUCUCUUCAGGAGCUCUGGUGCAAGGUAGCCCUGACAACGCUGGGCUGAACGCUCAGGAGUCGGGCGUCGACCUGACCGUUUUGAUGGAGCAGUUCUUGGACGGUCCCGAGGUCGACGUGGAUGUCGUGAUGUCGGAAGGUGAGUACGUCUAUGCUUGUGUUGCAGACAACGGCCCGACGCUGGAGCCGUAUUUCAACGAGACCUGGGCUUGCUGCCCCUCCCUCCUGCCCAAGGACCAACAGGUGGCACUAAGAGACCUGGGCGUGCAAUGCAUCAAAGCACUGGGUUUUACGUGCGGAGUCUUCCAUGUGGAGUUGAAGUACACCUCCCAUGGCCCACAGCUGAUCGAGGUCAAUGCCCGAAUGGGAGGAGGACAGGUUCACGAAUGCAAUCGCUUGACUUGGGGCGUUGACCUGGUAGAGGAAACAAUGCUUUGUGCACUGGGAAUCCCGUCCCGGCCUUGCGUUCCGCGCGAGCCUGUAUCUGGCACGGCCUACUGCUAUGUAAAUGCAAUGAAGUCCGGCACCGUCACCGACAUCAGUAAACUGGAGGAACUCCGCAAGCGCGACAACGUCGUGUGGGCCAAGCCGCUGACACGCGUGGGCGCAAAGGCAGUGGGUCCCGCAGAUGGACUGCCAACAUGGUUGUGUGACCUGUUCGUGCAAGGCAAGACAGCGAAGGAUGCACUGGCUUACCUGCAGGCCAUAGAGAAGGAGAACCCCGUGCUCGCUGGGAACUCAGAGUACUCUGAAAACUCCUUGUAUCGCUGCGCAUGCAAGAUUGCCUCGGUACUUGUAGCAGCAGGAAUUGCUAUCAGGUGGCAUGAUGAUCUGCUCGCGGCGUGCUGCCGUCAUUGUGCCUCGUUCUCGGAUGGCAGCAUUCACUAG